GGCAAAAAGCCGAUCAAGAAGGGUGCCGUCAAGAUCUUGCUCUCGGCAGCUGGCGCCGAGAAGAUGGCUCAGGCGUGGGCUGGAUAUCUGACCAACGCAGUGGUUCUCAUCGUCAUGCACCCCAUCGUGGUGGUCUCGAUUGCCCAGAAGGCGAACCUCUCCGCCGAUGAGCGCCUGCUGCCUGCUGCCAAGAAUGAGUGUGAUGCAGAUGCCGGCGAGCCCAAGCUGGCCGAGUCGUGGGUGGCGACGGCCAAGGAGAUCUUUGCCGCACGCGGCAUCGCUGGCUUCUACACCGCCUUUGGCGAGGCCCUCUUGGGCUCGUUCCUCUACCGCUCCCUGUACCUGGGCCUGUACUCCACCAUGCGCCUCGAUGGUUUUACUGCCGGCGUCGGCAUCGCCGUCGCGCCCUUAAGCUGUCUCUACCACCGCAAGGCCGCUGGCGCCAUCUUUACCGUCGAUCAGGCGGCUGCCCUCCCGUCGCGGCAGAGCUCGACCUGGGCCCUUGCCGUCUCGGCCUACCAUCGAGAGGGUCCACUUGCGCUAUGGUCUGGAGCUCUCAUCACUCUCCUGCGCCCCUUUGCCGCCUUUGCCGCCCAAUCCGGUGCUAUUGCAGGCUUGGCCGUCAUCGGUAUGUAGCCAAAGACCAUCGACCAUCGCUUCAUCCCCCGAUCGAGUUGCGCCAACCGGCCUACCCUGCUCGCCGCGCCCUCGCCGCACCCUGACCGCGCCACACACGCACACGCCUGCAAUGUGCGGACACCGUCUCCGAUGGAAGUAAUACU